UCGCACACUGCCAAUUCUCCGGUGGAUUGACCGCCACAUGUGCAGCGGCUGUCAUCUGCAACCGAUGCAAUUGCUGCCAACAAAUAAAAAUAUGCAACACCAAAGAACGUGAGCUGAUAGCAAAUCAAAUAAGCAAAAACAAAAACUUAGUGCAAAUUGUGAAUAACAACGAAAACAAAAAGAAAAAUGUUGGACAGUGUAAACGAAACAAAUACAAUGUUAGCAACAACAUUCGAUACGGCAGUGGCUACGGCCAAGUCUGCUGCUGAAGAUGCAAAUAAGACUGCAUUUAUUACAGCAAGCCCCACAACGAAUUCAUCGCCAACAAAAGCAAAGACAUUUUUCAGUUGGUUUCGAGGUGGCAACGCAAAGUCGCCUAAUAAAACCGACGCCGACGCCAACGCAACCACAGUAAAAGGCGUACAAACACAUAAAGACUGCAGAGUUAAGGGCGAAGAGGCGUUCCAAGCCAGGGGUAACGCCAAACAAUUACCAACAGAGCCACCGCAGCCGAGCGCGGCAGAACGCGACGUUACGCUACGUGAAUUUCGUGGCGUUCAAAGUUUGCGACAUUUGUGGAAUAAGCGCAUCAGCGCAAGUGAGGACGCAACAAGGCGGCAAAAUUCACUUAGCACCAGCAAAGCAAGCAAAUUAACAAAAUCAAUUGGUUGCUUAGUGAGUGCAGCGCGCGCGCAAGCAGAAGCUACGCAAUCGACGAGUGGUAGCGAAGGCGAGGCACUGCGGCAAAAACGCGCGCAUAGUUUGCACGAUUGUACGCAGGUGGGCGUGCAAGCAGAAGAGGCCGUUACGACAACGGCGGCAGAGGAGUCGGAAAUCGACUGUUUUCAUCGCGAAAAGGAUAACUUUUACAAGUACAAAACGGCCGAACAGGCAGCAAAACAUUUGGCGCGCGAGUCGCGUGUGCGCACCAAGAUGACGCGGCGCGUUACAGCUGGCAUUGUGAGCAGUGAGGCGCGCGACGAAGAUGCACACUUUCCCGCCGUGAAAGCAAGUGAGCGCGGUGAGCGCAUACAUUGGCUGAAGCGGCAGGACAUGGUGUCGCGACGACGUGAAAACACAGAAAUGACAGUGGCGCAUACGCCAAUUGGCCGUGAAAAAAGUACAGCGGCAGCGCUGGCAUUAUCAGCUGACGACAUUGUUAUCAGCGAGACGGCAAACAACGCAAUGAUGGCAAUAACAACAGCUCCAACGGCCUCUGCUCAACGUCGUAACUGCCCUGCUGAUUUUAGCGAUAAUAAUAUGCUUGCGGCCAGCAAUUCGCCGCGCAAUUUGGCCAGUCGUAAGCGAAACUCUCAACGCGAAGCAACAAACACGUCGUUGGCCAAGCGCAGUAGUACUGAUUCAAAUAAAUCGAAUUCGCAAAGCUUAUCAGCCUCGGGAUCGCUGACAAGUGGUACAAAUACUGGGGGUCGUAGCGUGCGUCGCACCGCCUCCUCGUCGUCAACGUCCUCAGCGUCCGCACGCAAAUAUAGCUUCAAGACACAUACGCGCACAUAUCACGCGCCGCGCAAAAUGAGCCAACGCGAUAGCGGCACUGUUGGUAGUGGUGGCAGUGGCGGUGGUAGCAAUGCAUCCGCUAUUGUGCCAGGGGGCGGCAAUAUAGUGGCGAAAUUGACGCAACAAUUCAACGAAAUGAUACAGAAAGAUAAAAAGCUGCUGGAGGAGGUGAAGCGCAAGAAUGGUGUUUUGUUGUCGCGCGGUGGACAUGUUUACAAAGUGGUGGAGAAUCCGAUCGCAGCGGCAAUGGAGGGUGGCAGCAAGCGCUCCACGUUGAGUAGAAAUAUGGCGCGCGCGCAGGAUAUCGCCACUUUGCGUGCGUCAACCGUGCAACGAAAUAUAAUAAAAUUUGAGGGUGGUCCAGAGCUGGAUAAGCCAGCAGUGCCAGCGAAAAGUGCGCAGGUACUGCAAAAGCUGCGUGAACUUAACAAAGCUCAGCAGCACAGUAAUACCGGCUCAAAACGGUUGCUACUAAAGCUGCCCACAUCAGCGCCACCGAACGAGCUGCAACUGAAGCUUGAGCUGAAGAAGGCGCAGUUGGCGUUGCCGCUAUCGCCGCCGUUAGAGGUAGUGACGGAAGAGUCCAAGACGCCGUUGGAAGCUUACGAAAAAUCGAUCACGAUCGGUCAGUUGCGAGGCGGGCAUACCGAUACGCAUUCAACGGUUGACGUGACGAGCGCGCACAUUGCGGAAAACACGUACGGGUCAUGCGAUAACGGUAGCGUAAACUAUAACGGCAGGGAAGGCGACAAAAACGCGAUUAAUGAGGUUGAUCAAAGAAGUGAGGACGACGAUCAGCAGCAAGCCAGUACCGUUGCAAGUGGGUCACCUAAUGAAGCAGUUAGCAGCAGUACUGCGACAUUAUUGACAGUUUCUAACGCUACUGCUGAGAAUAUUGAGGCAAAAAAUGUUGAUGAGCAAGCAGUAGCGAAUGAAGAAACUAAUGACAUAGAAAGCAAUGCGAUUUGCAUGACGACGACGCUACCGCCGACGCAGGCAAUAGCAAUAAAAACUGAAGCAACAAAAACAAUUGUGGAGUGCAACGCAAGUGCUGAGCUUAGCAUUCCCACGACUGUGGCGACAUUGGAAACAUCAGACAGCGGUGGAAGAACAAAAACGACUGACGCGAUUGCAACAUUAGCGAUUGCAACGCCACAAACAAAGUCAACAAAGGAGGCAGCAUUGAACGGUAAUGCCACUACCGACCCUCGCCCAACCGCCAUCGAUUCCAAUGACGAUCAACUUGAUGCGGCCAACGAAGAGAAGGCGAAGCAACGCAAACGCAAAUACGCGAAAAUUUAUGAAAAAUUCCGUUUUAGGUCGCCGUUUGUUGGAGGUCACAGCAACAAGAAACUGUCAUCGAAGCAAGCGGUGAGUGUAGCUGAAGUGAACAAUGAAUUCAAACGACCGGCGAUUGAAUUGGCUGAAGACGCGGUAAAAACAAUUGAAAUACCAACAACACCACAAACAAACACUUCGACAAGCACACCAACGUCGACGACACCAGCAUUAGCAACACCCACAUCAACGAUUACAAAAGCGACUGACAAUAAAACGGAGGGCGGAUGCAUUUCAAAUGCCGACACAACUCCCGAGCCCGAAUCACGGUUACUAGAUGCGCUCGAGAUCAUCGAUCAUAAACUGCAAGACCUCACCGUAGACACAGAUGAAGAAAACACUGCCGCACUGUUGCUUUCUCCAGACGAUGACUUUGAGCAGCGUGUGCUACCAAAUAACUCCUUCGUUUUUCAGGCCAGCACUAAGCAGGUGGCCAACAAUAAACUGAUCGUUGCGCAAGCGGUGAAUGUUACACUCGUCAACAGUAUUGAGGGCGAACAGCUGAUGCUGGAGCAGAAGGAAUUACAGCGCGAACAGUGCGACUAUAGCGAGCUGGUGCGUCCACUGAGCUUGCAGUUGGAACAGCCGGUUUUAGUAGCACUUGAGGAGGACAAUCGGGGUGAACAAACUGAGUCAGCGGAACCAAUGUACGAACCGAUCGCUGCACAGACUGAGGGCACAAACGCUGAAGAACAUUUGAGUGCAACCGAGCUGCCAUCUGCGAAGUCCUUCCUCUAUACCAGUUGUGCGGCGGGCACGGAAAAGAAGUUGUCCGAUACUGAUGAGACGUUGAUGGAAGAUCCAACGUCUUUAGUGUCCUCAGUGGAAAACAGUGACAUAUUCGAGGACAUCUAUCAAACGGUGGAUGAAGCCAAGGCAGCAGCUGAGCAAAAAGUGGCUGAGGCCACUAAUGCCGCGCUCUUGGCUGAUUAUGAGUCCAUAGCUGGUUCCUACGAGCACACUACACCUGCAACGAUCGGCGUUAGCCCAACCCAUGCCGGCAAGCCUUUGUACGAUGGCUAUGAGAUUUGUGAGCCACCACCCGAUACACCACACAUGCUGGCCAACACUACCUUAACAAAUGCUGAUGCCACUGGCAGUAGUGUAAUUCCCAAGCUCACCCAACAGAUCUCAAUGGGUGGCAGUAAUGUGCGCAACACCAACGAUGAACUGCCCGAGCUGCCUAAACCGAAACGUCGUCUGCCCAAAUCGCCCAUGCCAGGCAAGCGUUCACCCAAAUCUACAGCCAAAACGUCCUCCUCUAUACGGGAAAUAGUGAGGACGGCCUCCAGCAGAGGUUGCAGCAAAAGCAGCAGCAAUAGCACCAUAACUGCUUUGGACGAUCAGGACGAUGACCAUCACUACUAUGCUGAUGAUGAGAAUAUCUAUGACACCAUCAAAGGUUCACAUUGCUACGAAUCAUUGCAUGCGGCCAGCAUCGCUUUGCAAAAGUCCGCCAGCGCUGUGACGAAAUGCGGCAGUGAUAAUAUUUCGCUUACAUCCAAUUGUUACGAGAGCAUCUCGCAUUAUCGGCGCGCUAGUCACAGUAACGGUGGUGGCAGUCAUCUGACCGGCAGCAGUAGCGGUUCGACGCUCACCAUUUCAUCGGAUCACAAAACGAAUAGUUUGUACGAAAUGUCGGUGACGGCGAGCUUAAUCUACGGCACUGGCAGCGUAGGCUCUAGGCAAUCGGUAGCGGAAAAGACAAACGCGAUCAUAAGCGGACGCAUUGGCGGUACCCAUAAUAGUGUGAGUGAUGAAAAUAGUGAUGUGCCUGCUGGUGCGAAGAGUUACUCUCAGUCGCAUGGUGGUGCGACGAGUGAUAAUAGCGAUGAAUGGGUGGAUAUAUCAGAUCCCGAGGCAGAGGGAGCGGACAAGUUGGUGAAGCAGCAAUUCAUUGUCGUACGAGAACGCUCCAAGGCGCAUCGUAGUCCGGAUUGGUCAAAACGUGUUAGAGAUAAGCGCUUACAUCAAAAGAAAGCGAUAAGUUGCAUUGAAGGUGAGUUGAUUACGAUCGUAAUUUCAUAA